ACUGUUACUAAAAUCUGACCCGCGAUAUUUCGACGUUGCGCUACUUCCCGCAAAUGCUACGAAAAUUUGUUUUCGAAUCAAAUAAGCUUCUUCAGAAUGUCAAAUGCGUUCGCACGCUCAAAGUUCAUGAGUAUUCGGCGAUGGAAUUGUUGAAAAAGUACAAAAUAGAAGUUCCGAAGUCUGUAGUUGUUCAGAAUAUUGAUGAAGUCAAGGCCGCUUGCAAAGAAUUCGGUGUUUUACCUAAAAGUGAAACGAAAAAUUCCGGUGACGACAGUACAGCAAGCAAAGAUAUGGUGUUGAAAGCACAAGUGUUAACCGGUGGUCGUGGUAAAGGUACUUGGGAUAGUGGAUUAAAAGGAGGAGUUAAAAUUGUAUACAGUGUAGAAGAAGCUGUUGAUGUAGCUAACCAUAUGCUUGGUCAUCGAAUCUACACUGCACAAACUGGUAGCGCUGGUCAAUUAUGCAAUAAAUUAUUAGCUUGUGAACGUAAAUAUCUUCGACGUGAACAUUAUCUAGCUAUUGUAUUGGAUCGUUCAAGUGGUGGACCAGUAAUGAUUGGUUGUCAACAAGGUGGUGUAAAUAUUGAAGAUAUAGCACGUGAUAGUCCAGAUGCAUUAAUUAAAAUUCCAAUUGAUAUUAACAAAGGUUUAGAUAAAAAAGACGCAUCACUUAUGGCACGUCAAUUAGGCUUUUCACAUCCAGAUGAAGCAGCUGUUUACAUUGAACGACUUUAUAAACUCUUUGAUUCAACCGAUUGUACACUGUUAGAAAUUAAUCCAAUCUGUCAAGAUCUAAAUGGACAUGCUGUUUGUAUGGAUUGUAAAAUGAAUUUCGAUGAGAAUGCUGCAUUUAGACAAAAAGAAAUUUUCGCACAACGUGAUUGGUCACAAGAAGAUGAACGUGAUGUGAAAGCAUCAGAAGCUGGAUUAAAUUAUAUUGGUUUAGAUGGAAAUAUUGGUUGUUUAGUGAAUGGAGCUGGUUUAGCUAUGGCUACAAUGGAUUUAAUUCAAUUACAUGGUGGUAGUCCAGCAAAUUUUCUUGAUGUUGGCGGUGGAGCAACAGUCAGUCAAGUGACUGAAGCAUUUCGUUUAAUUAUGUCUGAUUCUAAAGUCAAUGCUAUAUUAGUAAAUAUAUUCGGUGGUAUUAUGCGUUGUGAUGUGAUUGCACAAGGUAUUGUCGCUGCUGCCACUGAAUUAAAUAUUAAAAUACCAAUUGUUGUUAGAUUACAAGGUACUAAAGUUGCAGAUGCUAAAGCAGUUCUUGCUACAAGUCAUAUGAAAAUUGCAGGUUGUAGUGAUUUAGAUGAUGCUGCAAAAAUGGCUGUUAAAUUGGCCAAUAUUGUUCAUUUGGCUCGUGAAGCUUCGAUCAAUGUGAAUUUCGAAUUGCCUUAUUGAAUGAAUGAUGAAUCAAUAAUUAUAAUAAUCAGUAGAAAUAUAUUGAAUUGUAAUGAAUAAUACAAUAGCCCUGUCUAUAUUAUUAUUAUUAUUAACUUAUUUU